AUGUUGCCACUGCCACCAUCUCCCAACUUCCCUCCACCGGCCACUCACUCACCCUCAGAUCUCCAAUCAAUCCCGAACCUCCCGCCACUCCACAGUACAGUGCACCUUUGCCACCCAACCGAGCUCAUUCCCGAAAGCUACCCGACCACUUCGUCAACUGCUGCUGUCAUCAUGAGUGGAUGGGAUGAUCAGGUCGUUAUUGGUCGUAAGACGACUGGUCCUCGAGUGGCCAGAGAUCAAGCAACUGUAAACGCUGCCAGGCGAGCUGGUGAAGCAGUCGAUGCCUCCAAGAAGAGCGUCAUCAAUGCUUCUCACGUCGGGCCAGACCACCAACGGAUCGCUAAACUCGACCGGGUAAACGAUGUAGCCCCACCUGCAAAGGUCAACCCCUCAGUUUCUCAGGCGAUGAAAGACGCUCGGAUCGCUCUAUCAAUGACACAGAAAGACUUGGCCGCCAAGACGAACGAGAAACCCACCGUGAUUGGAGAUUACGAGGCUGCCAGAGCCGUCCCCAGUCCUCAAAUCUUGGCCAAAUUUGAAAGGAUCUUGCAGGUCAAGCUGCGUGGCAAGGACAUUGGUGCUCCUCUCGCACCUCGAGGCAAGAAAACUUAA